AUGGAAGGGACUUUUGGAAACUACACUGAUAAGACGAGAGUGUUGGAUAUCAAGCCGUUGCGUACUCUAAGACCCGUCUUCCCCAGUGGAAACCAAGCUCCGCCUUUCGUCUGCGCACCUCCUUUCGGUCCUUUCCCGCCUGGCUUCUCACCAUUCUAUCCCUUUAGCUCGUCUCAGUCGAAUCAACACACUCCAGAUCUCAAUCAAGCCCACAUUCCACCUCAAUCUCAGCCUCACUACACACCUCAGCAUACACAGCCUCACUAUACACAGCCUCAGAAUUCGUCCGAGCCUUCGUUGGUUACUCCUCUGAGGUCAUUCAGAUCGUCCGAUACGUCUAACGGCGACGUAGAGCCUGAAGGGUCAACGAUCAAAAGAAAGAUCCCUAAAAAACCGAAACGGACGCGUCUGGAGAAUGUGAAUUUCGAGAGUGGGAUUAGUGUCUCUGACAGAGAGAAUGGCAAUAGGUUGUUGGUGAUGAGUGUUCUCAUUCGGUUUGACGCGCUGAGAAGAAGAUUCUCCCAGCUUGAAGACGCGAAGGAAGCAGUUAGCGGAGCGAUCAAACGCGCUGAUUUGAAAGCGGGAUCUACUUGCAUGAGCAGAGGCGUCCGUACAAACACCAAGAAAAGACCUGGCCUUGUUCCUGGCGUUGAGAUUGGAGACAUCUUCUUCUUCAGGUUCGAGAUGUGUUUGGUUGGGUUGCACUCUCCGUCAAUGGCUGGGAUUGACUAUCUGGUUGUCAAGGGGGAAACGGAAGAGGAGCCUAUCGCUACGAGCAUUGUGUCGUCUGGGUAUUAUGAUAACGACGAAGGGAAUCCUGAUGUGUUGGUUUAUACCGGUCAGGGUGGUGGGAAUGCUGAUAAGGAGAAGCAAACAUCUGACCAGAAGCUUGAAAGAGGGAAUCUUGCGUUGGAGAAGAGCUUGCAUAGGAACAAUCCGGUUAGGGUGAUAAGGGGAUUGAAAGAGGCUGCUCAGACGAAGAUCUAUGUUUAUGAUGGGCUCUAUGAGAUCAAAGAGUCAUGGAUAGAGAAAGGUAAAUCUGGACACAACACGUUCAAGUAUAAGCUAGUGAGAGCUCCUGGUCAGCCUCCUGCGUUUGCUACAUGGACUGCGAUACAGAGAUGGAAGACGGGUGUGUCUUUGAGAGAAGGGCUUCUUGUUCCUGAUCUCGCUUCCGGGGUUGAGAGCAUACCUGUUUCACUUGUGAAUGACGUUGAUGCAGAGAAUGGGCCUGCUCCUUUCACCUAUGCCACGACGGUGAAAUACUCGGAGUCGUUUAAGCUGACGCAGGCUUCUUUUGGAUGCGGUUGUGUCUCCUCAUGCAAACCAGGGAACUUGGACUGUCACUGCAUAAGGAAGAAUGGAGGUGACUUCCCCUACUCCGGUAUUGGAGUUCUUGUUAGCCGCAAGCCUAUGAUUCAUGAAUGCAGCCCAUCUUGCCCGUGCGCGCCUUGCAAGAACAAGGUGACUCAAAUGGGAGUGAAAGUGAAGCUUGAGGUGUUCAAGACUGUGAAUAGAGGAUGGGGCUUGCGCUCAUGGGAUCCUAUUCGUGCUGGUUCGUUUAUAUGUAUAUAUGCAGGUGAGGCUAAAGACAAAUCCAAGGUUCAGCAGACUAUGGCUAAUGAUGAUUAUACUUUUGAUGCAACCCGUGUCAUUACGCCUGUCAAAUGGAACUAUGAGCUUGGCUUGGCGGAUGAAGAUGGUUCUGAGGAGAUGUCUGAAGAACCUGAAAUGCCGCUGCCUCUAAUUGUCAGUGCUAAGAAUGUUGGGAACGUUGCUAGAUUCAUGAACCACAGUUGCUCCCCUAAUGUUUUCUGGCAGCCGGUGACUUACGAACACAACAGUCAACUCUUCUUGCAUGUUGCUUUCUUUGCGAUAUCUCACAUCCCUCCCCUGACUGAGUUAACUUAUGACUAUGGAGUUUCUCGACCAAGUGGAACUCAAAAUGGCAAUCCUUUGUAUGGCACAAAGAAGUGCUUUUGCGGAUCAGAGUACUGUCGUGGUUCUUUUGGUUGA